UUGACGUGUUGGUUUUAAAUCUUAUUCACCAUUUGUCUUGUGUGAAUUAAUUUCCAAGUUUGUAAUAAUGGAGUAUGAAACUACUUUUUAGUAUUUUAUAUCUCAAUUGAGGGGCUUUUGGUUUUUAUUAUAUGCAGGCAUCGAUCAUAAAUUGACAUUAACAUGAAGAGUCAGGAGCCUAAGGAUAUAACGCACAAGAAAAUAGCAUGGACUAUCAGCAACUUCAGUUCAUUGAAGACCAAUACUCGACACCUUUCUGAUGUUUUCAUGGCCGGUGGUUGUGCUUGGAGACUUUGUAUAUACAAAGGAAGGUUAGGCAUGAAGUCAUUGGCUAUAUUUUUGAAAGCAGUUAAGGAUUCUAGUUUGCCUCAAGGUUGGAGUAUAAAUGUAGCCUGCACUUUCACUGUGGUUAAUCAAUUAUAUAGUGAAAGUUCUUUAAAAGAAGACCUAGAACUAAAGUUCUGUGAAAAUAGUAAGUCUUGGGGUUAUCAAUCUUUUAUGGAAUUGACUAUGCUUCAAAACCCGUAUAAUGGCUAUAUUUUGAAUGAUAAAUGCAUCAUUGAAGUUGAAUUUUCUAAAGUAAGCCCUAUAGGCAUGUGGGCAUUGGUCCCAAAAGAUGACGAUGUUGCUGAGUUCAAGGAUUUGGGUCUAAUAGAGAAAGCAUUGGUUCCAUUGCUAGAGGAGGCUUGUUCAUGGCAUCCUUCAUUGAUGGAUUGUAAGCAGAAGAGAAGUCGUAAGUUUACUGAGUGGGCAUUCAUUGCAUUGGGUCGAGUUUUGCAAUUCUUGAAGAACAAGAAGUGGAAGGAUAUGAACGAGAAGGCCUGUGAAGAGCUUCAACAUUUGUGGGAGGAACUUGAGAUGAGUAGAUUAGACUUGAGGUGGUUGGAGCCUCUUGUUAAAUCUGCUUUAAAUAUGAAAGGAUAUGCUGAGAAGGUAGAGACAAUGAAAAAGUUAAAGCAAAACCUGGUGGUUUUGGAGAUAGAGAUGAACAAGGCAAAGGAAAAACUAGCCAAUGCAGAAGAAAGUGUUGAGAUGAUAAGAAAAGAAUUGGUGAAUGCAGAAAAUGACUUCGAAGAGAAGGAUCUAGACACAGAAAUUGGGUAUGGGAAAUCUUAGUUGUUAUAUAUGCGUCGAUAAUGUAACAUAUAGAUAUCCUAGAUAUACAUAAGA